AUGCUGUAUGUUUUGAAUGCAAUAUUUCUUGUGGUAUUCUUAACGAAUGUGGUGGUUGGAUAUUAUCGGCGACAAGCAGGAUAUCGGGUGUUGGGUAGCGAGUGUUUGCAAUGGCGGUAUAUAACGAAGCAUUUGGAGCAAUAUGAUGGGAGUCAAAAAGUAGUUCAAGGUAGUGGUACGAGCGAGCUUGGUCGUUACAGGAAGAGUAUCGCGGAUGCCAUAUCAAGUUUUAUGAACCGGUUGGAGAAGCGCUGCGAGAAAGCCAAGAAUUUGGAGAGUGGUUGUAUAGAUCCUAGCCUCAGUGAAAAUACUUCAAAUGUUCUUCUUGGUUUGCUAAUCAAAUUUGCUUUUGUGGUAUACGCCGUAAUUCGUCUUGCAUGCUCAUGCGAGACGAGCGACUUUGAGCAGACUCGCCGUACCAAGUGGGCGGCGGUUCCGUACGACAUGAUUCGAAAGAAUUGUAUGAGACGGUACCGUGUGGUGUAUAUCCGACAUGGAGAGUCAAUGUGGAAUAAAUUGUUUAAUCGGGGUAUCGGGCUGGUGAGUCUUGGUCGUAUUAUUGGAGGAGUGAUAGACGAGUUAAUUAUGGCAACGGAAGUCGACAGCCAGAUUCUGGACUCGCCUCUUUCCGCCGUGGGGGUACAGCAAGCGAACGAACUUUGUUCGUGGCUACUGAGCGCUUCGUCCACUAACUCCGCCCCAGUUACCGGACCUACCCCGACCCCGACUAGCCCGACCCCGACUACAUCGGCUGUUGCUAUGACCGGUGGUGAUGCUAUCUCAGGUCCUCGGGCCUUUACGGAGUCGUACAUGGAUAAGUGCGUGUUCCUGUCGUCCAAUCUGAGACGUGCAAUGAGCACUUUACUCAUCGGAUUCGGCAAGAGAAUCAAAGACAGCAACCGAGUGAGAGUGCUGUCCUGUCUACAAGAGACCACGAGAAACCCAGACUCUAUCACCUACGCUCUCGAAGGCUGCGCUACACCCAUUGCGCUCUUUAAUACCGAAGAAGUACCUGACGAACUCGCCCAACUGGCCCUUACUAAACUGAAUUGGAUCUACAACAAGGGGAACCGAGGAGUAUUCGAAAGGCUUAGCCAUCGCUUCCAAACACUAAUCGAUUACUUGGACCAGUGCUAUGAAAAAGAAAUGGUGACGACAUUCGUCAUCUCCGGCCACUCACUGUUCCUUAAAAAAUUCGUGCGGUUCUUGUUACCAGAUGAACAAUGUGCUACCCAGCUUGCAACACGCAGAAAGAUCACCAAUUGCGGCAUGCUCACCUUCGACAUCAUCAGCACCGAUCUCGACGGCAAACGCUACCACGCCAUAGACAGCAAGUCAAUCGAACUAACCAGAGGACACUACCUCUAA